AUGUCAGCACUUAAGAGUGUGCUAAACUCGUUCUCCAGACCUCCAGGAGGAGGACCGGCGCCGCUCAUCAAGAACCCGGUUCAAAAGUGGCUUAGGGUACUGGUCAUUUUGCACGUCUCACUCCUGUUGUUGGCAUGUUCUGCCGUCUCAUUCCCCUUUAUAAACGAUUUGCAUUGCAGCAUACUCACUCAUUCGCUGGCUAACAUUUUCGUUUCGGCCAUUGGAUCCGCAAUUAUGGCUGGGUACUACCUCAGAGUUGCGAGCCAAGAUUGGGGCACAGAAUGGGAUUGGGAAGUUACGGCAAUUGUUACCGCAUCAGUUGUGGUUGUUGACACUUUUAUCUCUGGUUGGGGAAUAUAUGAACUUUCGAAUGCGUCUAUCCAAAUCUACAAGGGAAUACACAAGAAAGUGAAGAUUGAGCCAGAGUGUCUGCAAUUCAAGGCAGCAAUAUUUUACAUUGCGUCUUUUGCUGUUAUUUUUUCUCACAUUAUAGUCGCUGGAAUUUGUGCAGUUGUUUCUGUUUUGCUUACAAAGGGUAUAAAAAAACAACUUAAUGAUGUUAGGCAUAUUGUCUAA